AUGUCAGAGGAACAACCACAACACGACACACCUCAAUCCGUCGAGUCAUCAUCAACCACCCCAGUCAUUCAAUAUGAUGAUCAAAUCGAUGACUCUUCCUAUAAACACCGUGAUCAAAAAUCGAAAUGGACUCGUGCUCGUACGGGCGAUAGGUCAAAUGACAAGAAAAGAGCCAGAAGAGAAAUUGCUCAAGAAAGAAGAAAGAACGAAUAUGAACAAAAGAACUCAACUCCAUAUGUUCCUAGAUUAGAUGAAAAUGGUCAACCAAUUCCUAAAUCAGAAAGAAAACCAAAAAAGAAAUGUGCAGUCAUGAUAGGAUAUUGUGGAACUGGAUAUAAUGGUAUGCAACUUCAAAAUGACCCCGCUAUCAAAACCAUCGAACGUGAUAUCUAUGAAGCCAUGGCCCGUGCCGGAGCAAUCUCACCAGAAAAUGCUGACGAUAUUAAGAAAUCAGGAUUCAUGAGAGCUGCUAGAACCGAUAAGGGGGUCCAUGCCGCUGGUAAUGUCAUUUCCUUAAAGAUGAUAAUUGAAGAUCCGGAUAUCAAAGACAAAAUUAAUGCUGAAUUACCGGACCAAAUCAGAAUUUGGGGAAUUCAAAGAACGACUAAAUCAUUUGAUUGUAGGAAAUUAUGUUCUUCAAGGGUUUAUGAAUAUUUAUUACCUACUUAUUCAUUAUUACCUCCUAAACCAACCACGGUCAUGGCGGAAUUAGUUAAAUCAAAACGAGCCCUGAACCCGGACUUGUUCCAUCCAGAUCCAGAAGGUGAAGCAUGGUGGGCGGCCACUAAUCAAAAAAUCCUCGAUGCCGGCAUUUCCCAAUCCCAACUCGAUUCAAUCGGCACCGCCAUCGAAUCCGAACUCCCAGGUUCCUCUACGGCUACUCCAACCCCGACACCAACCAUCGACCCAGAAUCUGGUGAACUCACCACCUACGGAAAAACCCUCAAAUCCAUCAAACAAAUCGAAACCCAAUCCCGUCGCGCCUACCGUAUCCCCAACAACCGUCUCUCCCAAUUCCGAUCCGCCAUGGAACAAUAUCAAGGCACCCACAACUUCCACAACUUCACCAUUGGGAAAUCCUUCAAGGACCAACUGGCCCAACGCUACAUCAUCUCCACCAAAGUUCUGGACCCAUUCGUCAUCGAGGGCACGGAUACGGAAUGGAUAUCGAUCAGAAUCCAUGGACAGUCAUUCAUGCUCCACCAAAUUCGAAAAAUGGUGAGUAUGGCCAGUAUGGUUGUUCGAAUUGGAUGUCCCGUAGAGAUUAUUCAGGAUUUCUUUAAUAAAGAAAAGAUCAAUAUUCCAAAAGCUCCUGCAUUGGGAUUGUUGUUGGAAAAUCCCGUGUUUGAUGCAUAUAACCAGAUGCUUACCAAGUUGGAAUAUGAUCCUAUUGAAUUUGGGAAAUAUGAUGAGGAGAUGGAGAAGUUUAAGAUGAAGUUUAUUUAUGAUAAGAUAUAUGCUGAAGAGGCUAAGGAGAAUGUGUUUUAUGGAUUUUUUGGAUUUGUUGAUACCAGAAGUUUGGGUGGGAAUGGUAAUACUAAUACUGUUGAUUCUGAAGGUGAAAGAUCAGAGGGGACAAGUGUUUUUGAUUUCUUGUUGAAUUAUACUAAGAGAAAAGAACAAGAAGCUGCCGCUGAAACUGCUGCCAAACAAGAAAACAAAGAUGAUUAA